UUCCUCAACCUCGCUCUCGUGUUUCACUUCACUCCUUCUGCAUUCGGUUUUUCCUUGUGUUUGAUCUGGGUCUAGGGCCAUACGCAGAAGAAAGCUCUACUAACACAGGUCUUCUUCCUCCGAGCUUGUGGACGCUGCGUGGUGGCGAAGCCGUAAGAUCCAAGUCAUGUUGACGGAUAUGUCUUUUCUCACCAAAAAAAGAAGCAGCACUCGAACCGCCGACGAAAAUGCGUUCCCUGCAGCUCAACUCUUCCUGCUUGCACUUGUGCGAGUCGCAGAGCCUAUUGCCUUGACAAGCAUCCUACCAUAUGCAUGGAAACUUGUUCUGAGCUUCGAAAUCUCUUCAGAGUCCAAUGCGCCUUUCUUCGCUGGACUGCUCAUAUCUGCCUUCUCGCUGUCCGAAGCGUGCAGUGGUAUGUUCUGGGGCGCACUGUCUGACAGAAUCGGUCGUAAGCCUGUCGUCUUUGUUGGAUGCGCGGGUACUAUCAUUUCUCUCUUGCUCGUUGGUUUCGCGCCCAACUUCUGGGUUGCUAUCGCUGGGAGAAUUAUUGGCGGUGCACUCAAUGGCAACAUCGGAGUAAUACAAACCAUGGUGGGCGAGCUAGUUAGGAACCCGGAACAUGAACCAAGGGCAUACGCCGUCAUGCCGUUUGUAUGGAGUAUUGGUACUAUCAUCGGCCCAUCUAUCGGUGGCUUGUUCUCGCAACCUGCCGAAAAUUUCCCGACUCUGUUUAGCUCCGCAGGGCUGUUUGCGACGUUCCCGUAUCUCUUGCCCAAUCUUGUCUGCUCUUCCUUACUCGUUGUGUCAAUGAUUAUGGCAUAUUUCCUCCUAGAGGAGACCCACCCUGACAAGCGAAUUGAGAACCACUCAGUCGGCAACGCUACGGCUACAGCAACUACGCCCUUAAUUUCAGCUCCCACUAGCGAACGCCCCAGGCGUUAUUCAGGUCUCACACCCCAGGGAGCCAUGGCCGAUGCGCCGGUCGACUUGACAUCUGAGUCGUAUGGCACAUUCAAUUCCGUUGAAGUGCAGCACGAUGAGUCCUGGCGGGUCAGCGCAAGUGGCGACUGGAUCGAGCAACCAUCCGGCGACAAAGCUUUCACGAAGAAUGUCGUUAUCUUCGUUGUUGCACUUUCGAUCUUUACGUACCACAGCAUGACCUACGAUCACCUCACGCCGAUCUUCCUCCAAGAUAAGCGAGCUGAUGAUGUACACGCCCAAGAGUUCUCAUUCACUGCUUUGGGUGGUGGCCUAGGGCUGUCUACGCAGCAAGUUGGUUUGAUACUGUCAGUCAAUGGAGUCAUCCAACUCCUGAUACAAGCUGUGGUCUUUCCGCUACUAGCAGACUUCUUCGGCGUAUGGCGUCUUCUGCAAAUGGUCACCGUCGCACACCCAAUUGCGUACUUGAUUGUACCGUUCCUGCAGCUGUUGCCGCAGAACCUUGUUUAUCCCGGCAUAUUUGCUGCGUUGAGUGUGCGGAACCUCACCUCCAUACUUGCCUUCCCUCUGUUGCUCAUCAUGAUCAAAGAGGCGGCACCGGACAAAUCGCAGCUUGGAAGGAUCAAUGGACUUGCGGCGUCGACUGGAGCAGCCUGCAGAAGUGUCGCCAGCCCCAUCGCAGGGUUGCUGUACGGCUUGUCGAUUGAGAUCCGCUUCACACCUCUGGCUUGGUGGGCAUCGGCCCUUGUUGCCUUGGUCGGCGCUAUGCAGGUGCCGUUCAUGAACCACGCUGCCAAUAACUGCCAUGCUCGUGUGCGAAUGGCUUUCAAAGAACAGUCACAUGAUGAGACUGUCCACAUCGUGAUUGAGGACUGAUUGUCCGAAGGAUACCACGCAUUCGAGUGCAGUUGAAGAGAUAAGGCGCAGACAAAUUGAGUUAUACCGGCUAUACCCGUUGUUUUCGAAUCGAUAUAUUGAGGGGUUCCCACGUUC